ACCCGACAAGCCCACUGAUUCAUUGGACGCCAUUCUCCGGUCCCUCCACGCCGUACACGUGUUGCCCUUAACCACUGGAGAUCAUCGGAUCAUCCCGUCCCUUCCACGGAUCGUACGGCCGCGAUCCCGGUCUUCCCCCGCCACCGCCCCACUACCGGACAUAAAACAUGCAGCCGCGAAUGGACUCGACCUUCCGUGGGGUUUGGUUGUGGAGCAUAUUUGUCACUCUCUCCCACAUCCCAUGAGAAACGGCGAUUAGUCUUGCCGGAGAAUAUUAUCGCCGGCGCCGGCAGGGAUUUGGGAGGCGAGCUUGGUAUUGUCGAGGGCGAUUGAAUUGGACGUUGUUGUCGAAAUGCAAGAGAUACACUCGAUCGGCGGCGGCGGAGGCGGAGGCGGGCGGUUCUUUGGCGGCGGCGGCGAGAGGAGGCUACGGCCGAACCAGCACCACACGCCGCCGUCGCUGAAGUGCCCCCGUUGCGAUUCCCUCAACACCAAGUUUUGCUACUUCAAUAACUACAACCUGUCUCAGCCGCGCCACUUCUGCAAGAGCUGCCGGCGGUACUGGACAAAAGGCGGCGUCCUCCGCAACGUCCCCGUCGGAGGCGGCUGCAGGAAGAGCAAGCGUUCAAACAAGCCGAAACCGAGCCCCUCCUCUGCCCCGGCGAGAAAGCCCAGUUCUCGCUCCAGCAGCGAGAGCUCCGGCCUCACUGGCACGGCCGCGGCGGUCCCCGACGGCAACUCCGACUCCAACACCGCCGAAGUGGCGUCAACUUGUGCGACGACCGCCCUCUCCGCGCCAACUGUUUCAAAUUAUCAGAACUCUGGCUUCUUCUUAAUCCCGGCUUCCGAUCCUCCGCCGGUGGACAACCCCGGCAACGACCAAAACUUCCCGGACAUCGGGAUCUUCACGAACAUGAUGGGGUUCGACGACGACAUUCCACCGGCGGCGUUCCAAUACCCGCUUGUAGCGGAUAAUAACCCGGGCUCCAAGUGGGCCAUACCUGGACCGGGGAAGAUGGUGGGCCCGGCGUGGAUUUCAGAUCGGACGGAUCAGAUCGAUUUCAUGAGCUCGCAGAACAGGGUAAGCGACGUGGGUCUUGCAACACUGGAUUGGAACACCGGAGGUGGGGUAGGGGAUCCGGAGCUCUUUGAUCUCACGGGAGCCGUAGACCAAACAUACUGGAGUCAAACGCAUUGGGGGUAAUUUAAUUAUAACGCGAUCAUCUUAUUACGUAAUUAGUAAAUCACAAUAUUUAAAAAAAAGUCUGAAAUAAAUUAAUAUAAAAAAACAUAUAUUAAAAGGAGUUGAGAAAUAUUUAUAAUAUUAUGCUCCACCCUACGUGUAAAUUCAGUUUUUAUAAUCCUCGUGUUUGUUUUAAUUAAUGAUGAGGUGAGAUUAGUUAUGGAGUUGUAUUUAUACUCUAUGAAUAAUUGACCUUGCUGCUCCAAUAUGUAAAUUCAGUUAUAAUGUUCCUUUUUACCAACUAGAACAAAAAAUGUUUUAUCAAUUAUCCGUACUAUAAAUUUGCAGGCUUGUAUGGUGGAUAACCUCGUGUUAAAGUUGUAAUGUUAUGCGGAGUGGAAGAGGAGAGUAUGUAGUUCUGAUUAAAAAUAGUGCCAAUAA